GUACUCUUCGACCACAUUGAGAACAAUUCCUCGGUCCGUGACACGCAUGUGAACUUCGUCAUGUUGAAUCGCCAUCGUCGACCAUGCACCGGAACGUUCGCCCCACCCUUGCCCCGCAUUCUGCAGAAGAUCCUUGCCGUUAUUUUACUAUUGACUCGGAGCAAUCUGCGAGCUAGACAGGGAAAUGCAUUGACAAGUUCGUCAGCUUGUCAGUGGAAAGAGGUCCUCUGUUCCGAUUGAUAGAUUGCACGUCGCUCGACAUUUACUGCGGGGAGAUAGCGAAGACGGCAACAAUCAUCCUCAAUUCAAUUCUCCAGUUCGUUUGCCCUUCAAUGGGGAUAGAUACGCCGUAAAGUCCAGCACUCCCAACAAACUUUGAAUCCAGAAGACCUGAAUCAUGGCGCCCAAAUAUCAGGGACUGCUAGACAAUGGUCGUCUUGAAGACGUUGACUUGAAGUCGGCCACCUGGAGACCAUUGAGACCUUCAAGAUGGAGUCUCGAUCUUGUACGCCCGGAAUUCUACACCACUCUACGAAGACCCUCAAAUCCAAACAAGCCCGUGAGGAGAACAGCUUGGUUAGAUGGACUGCGUGGCUUUGCAGCAUUCCUAGUCUAUCUCCACCAUAACCACUUAUGGGCCAACGAGCUGCAAGGCAACGAAGUGUUCGAGAACGCUUUUGGAUACAAAGGCAAACGAUAUUUCGCUGCUCUACCUUUUGUUCGAAACUUCUUCUCUGGCGGCCAUUAUGCCGUGGCCAUAUUCUUCGUCAUUUCGGGAUACGUAUUGUCUGUCAAAUCGCUCGGACUGAUCCAAAAAGGCCAAUAUCAACAAGCAUCAGAAACCGUAGGCUCUGGACUGUUCCGUCGCUGGUUCAGGCUAUACAUUCCGGUCGUCGCGGUCAGCUUCAUCUACCUCCUCGUGUUACGAUGGGGAAAGAUAUGGGUUGACAUAGGCGAGCUCAAGCCCACGUUCCGAGAAGAGAUGUGGAACUUCUACAGCACCUUCAAGAACUACAGCUUCAUCUUCACUGGUAACUACUACGACUUCGCCAGAACCUACUUGCCGUACAGUUGGUCCAUUCCGGUCGAGUUCAGAGGAUCAAUCGUCACCUAUAUUGCGCUCUCAGCCCUGGCCCGUUGCACCAAAAAUGCCCGUCUAUGGUGCGAGGCCGGGCUCGUGUUCUACUUCCUUUAUAUCGCCGAUGGAUGGUACGCCUCACUGUUCAUGUGCGGCAUGUUACUGUGCGAUCUCGACCUGCUUGCGCUAGACGACGAGCUCCCGCGCAUCUUUUCCAUGCUCUCAGCAUUCAAGGAGCUCAUAUUCUUCCACCUCUUCAUCCUCGGGCUCUACCUCGCCGGAGCCCCCUCGUGCGAUCUCCCCGGCCACGAAUCCGACUACUCCAUGUCACCCGGGUGGCGAUGGCUAGCCCAUCUCAAACCACAGGCUGUCUUCGACCAGAAAUGGUUCUUCCUGUUCUGGGCCGCGACGUUCACCGUAGCAGCAAUCCCCCGUCUCCCUCUCCUCAAACGCUUCUUCGAAUCGCGCAUCUGCCAAUACCUCGCCCGCAUCUCAUUUGCUUUGUACUUGGUCCACGGCCCUCUCAUCUGGAUAUUGGGAGACCGGCUUUACGCAGCCACAGGAUUCCAGAGGGGUGCUCACAAGGAGCAUUUACCGGACUGGGUCAACAAGUUCCCGUUGUCCCGGAGCGGGCCCAUGGGCUUUCAACUGGCGUUCUGGGUCCCGCAGCUGAUCAUCCUCCCAGCCACCUUGUAUGUCGCGGAAGUGGCGACGAAGCUGUUUGACGAGCCGAGUGUCAAGAUUGCGAAUUGGCUCUUCAACAAGACACUUGCACCUUCGCCUUCUUCGCCGAAGCGUUAG